AUGCAAAACGAUAGUCUUGUUCUAAUCGUGACCGGCGCUUCGGCUGGUAUUGGUAGGGGAAUCGUCUUGGAAGCUAUCAAAAAUGGAGCCAGGGUUAUUGGUUGCAGUAGAACAGAAGAAAAACUUAAAGCUUUAAAAAAUGAAGUGCUUCAUCAAGGUUAUUCCGCAGACGUCUUUAAUUAUGUGGCCGGUGAUACUGCAGAUAAGGAUGUGACAACUGCUACUAUCGAAAAAGCAAUUGAACUUUACGGUCAUAUUGAUGUUCUUGUUAAUAAUGCUGGUGAUUACUUUAGUGAUACCAGCUUGAGUGGUCCUAUUGCCAAAACAAAUUUGGAUGAUUUUACAAGUGUCAACGUUUUCGCUACCUUGUUUUGGACUCAAACGGCUUUACCUCAUUUAAAAAAAGUAAAUGGAAAAGUUAUUAACAUCAGUAGUGUCAAUAGUGUUCACCCGACUCAGAAUAAUGCAGCCUUAAAUAUGUUAACUGCUGUUCUGGCUGAAGAAGAAAAAGACAUUCAGACAAUCGCGAUCUGUCCAGGACCAGUGUACACAGAAGCUCUAGAAAGAUUAUUUGCAUCUCCUGAUGCGACUCCACAAAUUAAAGAAAGAAGAGAGAAAUACACAAUUGAGGAACUCCGCAAAAACAUUUUUGAACCUGAAGAUACGGGUUACUUUAUAUGGCGCUUGAUUACCAACUUUCCAACUGAGUUUAAUGGAAAAUUUGUACCACACAGCGAACCUUCCCUAGCCAAAUAUCAUAGAAAACAA